GAAAAGUCGGAAGGGAAUAGUUUCUGGGGGAGAUAAAACGACUCUAUAGUUUGGAAUUAUGUCUAAUUAAUUAAUUAAUUGUGACCCGACUCAUCCAAAAGCAAAAGGUAAAGAAGAAGAGCAGUGGGCAAAGAUGGUAAAACGCCGGCGAGCAGCGCAGAUUUCUCCUCAGUUCUUCAAGAUUAUCUUAUCUUCUCAUGCCUCUAAAUUACACAUCCCAGAUGAAUUUGUAAUCAAGUAUGGGGCUGAUCUGCGAGAUGUUGUUUUCCUUGAGCUCCCAACUGGUGCAAUAUGGCAAGUUAAAUUGCAAAACUCUAAUGGCACCAAAUGGCUCAACGACGGCUGGAACCAGUUUAAGGACUACUAUUCAAUUGCUUGCGGUUACUUUUUACUCUUUCAAUAUAAUGGAAACUCUCACUUUUCUGUAUUCAUAUUUGAUUUAAGUGCUUCCGAGAUCGAAUAUCCUUCUGGACCAAAUGAUGCUACUCACAGGAAGAAGGCAGGCAGGCCUGAGACACAGAAUAAUGCAAAAGUAGCACAUCCUUCCAAUUCAAAAAGACAAAAGUCUGGUAUUCCAGUAUCACGCUCUAGCUGUCUACCAGAAAGGCAGGAUCCUAACAGGGUGAAGCUUGAGAAACCAUAUGUGGAGGAGGAUUUGAACUAUGCAACACAAAAAGAUAAAAGGAAGAAUUUGUACGGUGCUGCAGAUAAAGGAAAUGAGAACUGCAAUGAGGUACUGGAUCCCUCAGCCUCUAACAUGACAAACACUACCAAAUGCAAUAAAAGGAAAUAUCCUCUCAAUUUGGAGGUAUCACAUCGUAGGUAUCCUCUACGAAGUAAACAGGUGAAGCUUGAACAAUCCAAAGAAAACGGGAGUCCUUCAUAUUCUGGAAAACAAAGACCUGCCGCUCCACUAUCCUGUCCAGGUAUUCAGUCAGAAAGAAAAGAGUCUACCAGGAUGAAGCUUGAUAAAGCAAACUUGGAAGAGGAUAUCUGUUGUGCUGUGCCAAAAGCAAAAAAUGGGGAGACGAACAUGGAGAAACUUUUAAAACAAGAUAGGCAACAUAAUAUGUAUGAUGAAGCAUAUAAAUUUAAAGGGCACUGCAAUGAAGUACCAGUAGUGGAUCCCUCAACAUCUAAGGUGACAACUACUAAUCAGCAUAGUAAAAAGAAAACUGCUACCAGUUUGGAUGCAACAAAUUGUCGGUAUCCACUACGAAGUAAGCAACUGAAAGAGGUGAAGAUUGAAAAAGGAGAUGUGGAAGCGCACUGUAACAAAAUACCAGUGGUGGAUCCCCCAGCAACUAAGACGACAACCACUAGCCGACAUCAUAAAAAGAAAACUAGUGCCAGUUUGGAUACGUCACAUUGUAGGUAUUCACUGAGAAGCAAGCAACUGAAAGAGUUGAAGCUUGAAAAAACAAAUGCGGAAGAUGAUUUGCUUUGUGCAGCACAAAGAGCAAAAAGGAGGAAGGCUUAUAAUGUGAAGCUUGAGAAAGGAGAUGUACAAGAGUGCUGCAAAGUAGGGGAUCCUUCUGCAUCUACUACCACUAAUCGACAUAAUGCAAAGAAAACUACUACCAUUUUGGAUGCAUCACAUUGCAGGUAUCCACUGCGAAGUAAGCAACACAAAGAGGUGAAACUUGAACAGUGGGAAGCAGGAGGGAAUAUGCAUAAUAAAACACCGAAAAAUAAAGUAGUAGUCGAUCCUCCAUAUUGUAAAAGACAAAAUUCUGGCUUUCCUGCAUCCUCUGCAAGUUGUCACCCUAUCAGGGUGAAGCUUGAAAAACCAGAAAAUUUGUUUUGUGCAGCAGAAAAAGCAAAAGGGAAGGAGACUAACAAUGUGAAGCGUGACACCGGAGAUAUGGAAGGGAAUUUGAGUAGUGUAGCUUAUAAAGGAAAAGAUUCCUCAGCCUCUGAGAUGACAAUACUUGGCAAGAAAAAGAUGUUGCCCUCAGAGAAGCACAGUUGGGAUAUAUACUUCAAUCCACACUUCACUAUUUCUAUGCAGCCUGCUUAUGUCUCGGGAAACUUCCGAUUGGAUAUACAUGGUAACUUUUUCAAGAAAUUAAUCAAUGAGGAUGAAACCAUUGUAAAUCUACGGGUUUCUAAUGGGAGAAGUUGGCGUGCAAAGUUGUUUGACAUUCAAUCAAAUUGUGCUAAGAUUGAAUCAUCAGGUUGGAGGGACUUUGUGCUCGGGAACAAUUUAAAAGAGCAUGACACUUGUGUCUUUGAGCUAAUUGACGGCAUCGAGCCAGUGCUAGAUGUGACUAUUUUCCGAGCGACAACUCUCGUUUCCUGAAAGAUAGUCACCCAUUUUGCAAGCAUGUGAUUAUUGUACUUGAGCUUUCUAAUCAUCUUGAACUUUUCUGGAAGGUGGUUAUAGUUUUUGGGAUGGUAAUUUUGUAUUUUGGUGCCCAAACGUACUAAGCGCAAUUGCCAGGCACUAUAUAUUAAAAAAACUUUACCAUGUUGAAGAAUUUCUACUAAAUAUUUUUGGGUUUAUGCUGUUUUAAAU